AGUUCAUCCGCCAUCUUGUUUGUGGGCUUGUUUGUCCGGAUCCGCACGUCAGCUCGGCACGUCACGUAGGUCACGUGAAGUUCGCUCAAAGGUCGUUUUUUCCUGCAGACGUUAUAUGUUCAACGUUUACAGGCGUGCCGAGCUGCUCAGUGCUGCACAGGUUGCUCCUAACGGUAGGAAGCUUUUUCUUGGCCACGCCACGUCACAGGACACGCACCCCCCUCCCCACCAUUCAAACUAUCGUCGCGUCCAGCUUCAACUAUUCCCCCAGGACUGAUACCUGAAAUUGUCUUCAGCAAGCGCAAGGAAUUAUUCAACUACACCAAAGGUGAUGCGUGAUCGUGACCAUGUCCAUGGAAACCUAGCAGUGCGGGAUUGGUCAAGUUCUUGCCGAGUCACGAUGAUAGCUGCUUUUUUGUCUGAAACUUAAGCCCAGCUGAUACACAAGAACGUCACCACGGCCACACCACUGACUAGCGCCAGCUUGGUUGAACUGGAUUUGCUGUGCUGUCAGCCUGAGUUGUAACACUGUAAAAUCAAACAAACAGGAGACGUGGGUCCAGUUUGUUCAUCUGUUUACCUAAGUCUCCACCAUGACGUUAACAGGAUUUGCAGAUAGUGAAGAACUAAAAGCCAAGAAGGUCGGAAGAUGGUAUUUUGGGGGCGUGGCAUCUGCCAUGGCGGCCUGCUGUACCCACCCACUAGACCUGCUCAAAGUCCACCUCCAAACCCAACAGAAGAAGGAGUUUGGGCUGCUGCAGAUGGGUGUGAAGGUGGUGAAGGCAGAUGGAAUCACAGGGUUGUACAACGGGAUCACAGCGUCAGUCAUGAGACAACUCACCUACUCCAUGACCAGGUUUGCCAUCUACGAGACAGCAAAGACGAGGCUAGCAGAACAUUCGGGUGGUGCGAAUCUGCCUUUCUACCAGAAAGUGAUGCUGGCGUCGCUGGGAGGGUUCUGUGGCGGAGUUGUGGGCACGCCGGCCGAUAUGGUGAAUGUGAGGAUGCAGAAUGAUAUGAAGCUUCCGCCGGAGUCGAGGCGGAACUAUAAGCAUGUGUUCCACGGAUGGAGGUGUGUCAUAGCGGAGGAGGGCGUGAAGGGUUUGUUCUCGGGCGUGACGAUGGCGUCGUCCAGGGCAAUUCUCGUGACAGUCGGACAGAUCGCGUUCUACGACCAGUUCAAACAGAUGCUCCUGUCGACUAGCUUCAUGAAGGACAACAUCGUCACUCACUUCACCGCGAGCUUCAUGGCUGGCGGUGUUGCCACGGCGAUGACGCAGCCUGUGGAUGUGAUGAAAACGAGGUUGAUGAAUGCAGCACCAGGGCAGUACUCUGGCAUUUUGUCGUGCGCAAUGGAUAUCGGCAAAGUUGGUCCACUUGGGUUCUUCAAGGGGUUUGUUCCAGCGUUCGUGCGACUAGGCCCCCACACCAUCCUCACCUUUAUCUUCUUUGAGCAGCUCAGGAAGAACAUGGGUGUGCUUCCUGCUUACAAUGCAUAAGCACCACCUAGCAACUGUACUGAUACUGCAGGACUUAUGAUUCAUGGCAAUGAAAAUCUCAAUGAUGAAGUAUGAAAAUGGACCUAUGUUGCAAAACCAUAGCAGGAUUAAUGAUUUCAGAGAAGGGGGAUUGACUGUCACGUGUCAGGCUUUGUAAGUUUGUCAGUUCAAAACUUAGAUAGCAGCUACCGGGGUAUAUAGAGCAUCACUGGUCCAGCAUGAAUGAUGUCUGCAUCCAAAUGUGCUAUGCAUUCCCUUAGAUUCGCCUGAUUGUGAAUGUGAACUGUGUCAGUAAUGCUCAACAGUAAUGAUUAUGGAUAUGUCAGAUAAACAAAUGUAACAAAUGUUUGUGUUGCUGUGUACAUAGGCACAUACACAUUCAUGUUCAGUGAAUGAAUGGUUGUCCAACAUUCUAGCUCAUCUUGGAACAUAUCAGCACCUGUUUCAAAAUGGGAAUACAGUGUAUUCAAUUGUACCACCCCAGUGUUGCAUGAUUUUUAGUAAAAAGCCAGUCUUUGAUGGACUUGGUACCAGUUUUAGUAAUGGGAAAAGAAUAACUAUAACUCAGCUAUCUGCAUCAGUGAUAAGUGAGAAUGACCAAAAGUGUUGGACCAUAUGAACAAAUUACUUGUACGAGCUCGUAAAUUAGGAGUAAUGGAGCUCAUCUUAAAUGUCCUGGUGGAUACAAAUAGUAGUCAAUAGUAAUUCUUAGUUAAGGCCUAAAAUUACUGCCAGUUAACACUCCUAUGGAAAAACAAGUGUUGCCUUCUGAGAGGAAGUUGUACAUAGGGUAAUAAUAAACUUGGAGAUCAUAGAGGUGUGAGUGGGUUUAGCAUUGCUUUUUUCUGUUUAAUCAAGUACAUAGUCAGGAUAUCUGAAUAUCAGACAUUAUUAUAAAAGGACCAGGAUGUUUAUUAUUGUGACCAAACUAUUGAGUAUGAAUUUUUAGUUUUGAUUUUAGGUGAUUAUCAGUUACGAAUAUAGUGUAAGCAAAUUUCUUUUAUCUUCGCUGUUAGAGUGUUUCUAUUUGUAGUUGUCGGGUGAUCUUGAACUUACUUUAAUUGUAAUAAAAUGCAUCUUCGACGCA